UUGUUUUGUUAUUUAAUAUUGAUUGAAUCCAAAGCGAUGGAAUCUGCGUACAGAAAACUUUUAAAAAAUCCACUACAAGGUGCAAAUUUGAUGUCGGUGAUAUUCUUUGGAUGGACAAUUCCGAUUUUUAGAAACAGUUAUCAUGGUGUCUUAGAUCCGACCAGUGCACUUGAACCACUUGCAGAAGACCAAUCCGACAGACUUGGUGAUCGACUGGAAAAAAAUUGGAAUGUCGAGUGCACGAAAAAUACACGCCCUUCGUUAUUACGUGCUUUAUUCAAAACAUUUUGGAGUGAAUUAUUCAUCAUAGGCAUUUUCUCCAUAUUUAUUGAUUGCAUUUUCCGAUUGACAUAUCUAUUUCUAUUUAAACAGCUCUUAUCAUACUUUAGCGAAAAUUCGAAUAUAUCUCGAGAUGAUGCAUUCAUUUACGGAAUCGUAUUUUUUGUGAACACUCUUUUUUAUCGCGUUGGCAUGCAUAACUACCUAUUCCAAGGUCUAUGCUGCGGCAUGAAAUUUCGUGUGGCUCUUUCCAGUAUCAUUUAUCGAAAGGCUCUUAAUCUGUCUCAAGGUGCCCUAAGCAGCAUCGCCCCUGGAAAACUUGUAAACCUACUGUCAAAUGAUGUUCAGCGAUGUAACAGUGUUUUAAAUGUGCAUCUAUCAUGGGUAUCGCCUUUAGUAUCCUUUUUGGCUGCAUAUAUUUUAUGGAUAGAAAUUCGAUGGGCUUCUAUUAUUGGAAUGGCUAUUGUCUUCCUAUUCGUACCUAUACAAAGUUACGCUGGUAAAUUGUUGACAAAAGUUCGAUUCGAGACUGCUUUGCGAACGGAUGAACGUAUUCGUUUUAUGGAUGAGAUCGUAUCUGGCAUUCAAGUGAUCAAAAUGUACUGCUGGGAACGAAAUUUUGAAGGACUAAUAGCAGCCACUCGACGUUUCGAAUUGAAGAUGGUUUUGAAAAGUCUCAAUAUUAAAACAUUUAAAUUUACAAUUUACCUGAUUGCAUCCCGAGUCACGCUUUUCUGCACGGUUCUAUCGUUUGUUUGGUUAUACGACAAGGAGAAAAUGACAAUUCCCAAAAUGUUUACAAUUGCAUAUUUACUGAAUUUAAUUUCCAAGACAAUGUGUGGAUUAUUUAUUGAUGGUAUAUCUGACGUCGGUGAAAUUUACGUAUCGCUUAAACGUAUACAAGAAUUUCUUCAAUAUGAAGAAAAUGAGAAGGCGAAUGAAUCAGAUGCUAUUGGUUCAGAUGAAUUGACAUCACGACAUCUAGCCAUUUUGAUGAAAAAAGUUUCGGUCAAAUGGAAUUCACCUAAAGAUCAAAACACGUCACUGAAGAUUGAUAAAUACAAAGGUGAAAUCGAAUUAAACACAAGCAAAUACGAACCAUUUCAAUUGCAAGAUAUUAAUUUGGAAGUGCCAAAGGGGAAAUUGGUGUUCAUCGUCGGAUCCGUUGGUAGUGGCAAAUCGACGCUUAUGCAAGUUUUGCUGAGAGAACUACCACUGAUCCAAGGCUCAUUGGGGAUCAAUGGCACAGUUUCAUAUGCAAGUCAAAUGAAUUGGACUUUUACAUCGACAAUUCGUCAAAAUAUUACAUUUGGACAGGCAAUGAAUCGCUCACGAUAUGACGAAGUCAUCAAAUGCUCGGCUUUAGCCAAAGAUUUCGAACAAUUCACUAAUAGUGACUCGACGGUGGUUGGCGAAAACGGAGCUGGACUUUCUGGUGGCCAAAAAGCAAGAAUCAAUUUGGCUCGCUCAAUGUAUCGAAAAGCGGAUAUCUACUUAAUCGAUGACCCAUUGAGUGCUGUGGAUUCACAUGUGCAAUCGCAUCUGUUCAACGAAUGUAUCGGACCAAAUGGAUACUUGGCACGACAAAAUGCCACUCGCAUUUUGAUCACACAUCAGUUGCAUUUCAUGAAAGAAGCUGACUGGAUUGUUGUUUUAAAGGAUGGAAAGAUUGAUGCACAAGGAAACUAUCAUAAGAUUUUGAACUCCGGAUUUGACUUUGCCACCAUGUUCAGCCAGAAUGAGAACGAUCGUGCUGAGAAUGAGAGUCAAGAUGAAAAUUCAAUAGAAAGCAAUGACACGGAUUUAAAAGAAGGAAGUAAAAGUACAUCAUUAGAUGAAGGGACAACACUGCUGGAAGCGACUCAAAAUGUCGAAGGGAAAAAACCAUCGUCGACAAAUACAUUGUCAGAGGGAAAAAUCAAUGGUUCUCUUCUUUUUAGAUAUUUAAAAUCAUCAAAUAUCUCAUGCGCGGUGCCACUUCUAGCUGCAUUAUUUCUGAUCACUCAAAUUAUUGCUAGCAUGGCCGAUAUUUGGGUUUCAAUAUGGAUUAAAAAUGAGGAAAAUCGACUGAAAUUAAAUACUACAUCACUCCAUCAGACCACACCGAAAGAGUCUUCAUUAGAUCACGCAGCUACAGAUGAUGGACAAAAUAUAUGGUCUACUGAAGCAUACAUCUACAUCUACAGUGGAAUUAUUAUCUCUUUGAUAUUUGCGGCUAUUCUUCGGUCAGUUCUUUUCUCUCUAGUUUGUACAAAGGCGUCGCAGAGUUUACACGAUACAAUGUUUCACGGUUUAAUAUCGACGAAAAUGCAGUUUUUCAAUGAGAAUCCAGCGGGUCGUAUUAUGAAUAGAUUUACGAAGGACAUGGGCAAUGCUGAUGAAAUGCUUCCAAAAACUCUAAUGGAAGCAACCGAAUACAUUUUCAUAGCAUUCGGUUCAAUAUCGGUGAUCAUUUUUACAGAUGUCAAAUUCGCAGUAGUGGCACUUUUUCUGGGAGUUUUUUUCAUUUUUAUACAAAAAAUUUAUUCGAAAUGUUCCACAAAAGUCGUGCGAUUAGAAGCAUCAACAAAAUCUCCUGUAUUCACACACGUUUUGGCAACGUUGAAAGGCUUAUCAAUAGUCAGAGCAUUUCAAGCCGAAUCAAUUUUGCGAGAAGAGUUUGAACGACAUCAAAAUCUUAAUACGGGCGCAUAUACCAUGUUUUUGGGUACUUCGUAUGCAUUUGGAUUAUGGUUGGAUAUGAUAGUACUCCUUUUCAUCGGUGUUGUUCUUUAUGUUUUUCUGGUUGUAAAUGAAGGAGUGACUGGAGAUCGAGUGGG